GUUGGAUCCAUUUACACGACACUCCUAUCUGGUUUGUCCCUUGUCAUUGCCAUUGUACAACCACGAUGUGGCCUCAUAAUCUCGAACCCAGGAGCGUUUUCUCCGUCUUCAGCCACCUUACUGACGGCGUUUCUGGCCAAGACUAUUGAAGUGACCUUCGUAAUGACGUUCCUGGUAUUCCUGGGUCAAAUCUUGUCCAGAUGCGCAGGCCGCCGAAAAGGCAUCAGCCGGGCUUGUGCUGCCAUGCGAUCUUGGAUACUGUAUGCUAUUUCCAACCUACGCAGCUGA